UUGGAUUUGGCUUUGCUGUUCGAAAAUCGAACACAACACAAAAACAAGAUAGAGAGAGAGAGAGAGAGAGAGAGAGAGAGAGAGAGAGAGAGUGAGGCAGAGAAACGAAACGAGAGCCCUUGUCUUAUUUUCACUCACUUCUUCACUUUCUUCUUCUUCCUCUGCUCCAUAGCUUCCUCGAAACUCCUUGAAAUUGCACGCGCAACGCUGAAACGACGUCGGUUUGUGCAGCAUGGCGCAGAAGCCUCACUUUCAGCUCGAGGAGCUGGGAUCCAAGCUCCAAUCUAUACCCUCCGAUGACAACGUUCUCUCCGAGCUUCUUAAGCAAGCAGCAGCAUGCCUAACUGACUUGGAUCAAUCACAAUCGGCUUCAACAUUAGAGUCAAUGAAACCCUUUUUUGGUGCAAUUGUUAAGCCAGAAUUGCUGAAGCACCAGGAUAGUGAUAUCAAGCUUCUAGUUGCAACAUGUCUCUGUGAGAUAACUCGAAUCACUGCACCUGAAGCUCCUUACAGUGAUGAUGUUCUAAAGGACAUUUUUCAGUUGAUUGUGGGCACUUUUAGUGGUCUGAGUGAUACAAGUGGUAUAUCCUUUGACCAGAGAGUUGCUAUACUGGAAACUCUUGCAAAAUAUAGAUCAUGUGUUGUAAUGUUGGAUCUUGAAUGUGAUGAUUUGGUGAAUGAAAUGUUCGGUACUUUCUUUGUAGUUGUCAGAGAUGAUCUUCCGAAAAGUGUUCUGUCAUCCAUGCAAACUAUAAUGGCUGUUCUUUUAGAAGAGAGUGAAGAUGUCCAUCAGGAUCUUUUAUCUAUUCUACUGUCUAUGUUAGGUCGUGGCAAAACUAAUGUUACUGGGGCUGCAAGGAAGCUUUCCAUGAAUGUCAUACAGCAAUCCAUGGAAAAACUUGAACCGUGCAUUAAACAAUUUUUGCUAUCAUUAAUGUCUGGAGACAGCAAGACAAUGAACAGUCAAGUUCAAUACCAUGAAGUUAUAUAUGAUCUCUAUUGCUGUGCUCCUCAGACCCUAUCUGGAGUUCUUCCUUAUGUCACAGAAGAGUUAAUGGCUGAUCGGCUGGAGACACGUUUGAAAGCAGUGAACUUGGUUGGUGAUAUAAUUGCUCUUCCUGGAUCCUCCACUUCUGAAGCAUUUCAGCCUACAUUUUCAGAGUUUUUAAAGAGAUUGACUGAUAGAGAUUUUGGGGUUCGCAUGUCUGUCCUUGAGCAUGUAAAGAAUUGUCUGCUGUCAAAUCCUUCAAGGGCCGAAGCUCCUCAAAUAAUCUCUGCCCUUUGUGACCGGCUACUGGAUUUUGAUGAAAACUUUCGAAAGCAAGUUGUGGAUGUUAUCUGUGAUGUGGCAUGUCAUACCCUAAAUGCAGUCCCUCUUGAAACUGUGAAGCUUGUUGCUGAGCGGCUUUGUGACAAAUCUCUACUUGUUAGAAAACAUACCUUGGAGAGAUUGGCCGAGAUUUAUCGAGUUUUUUGUGAGAAUAGUUCCAUUGCAGUUAAUCCCAGUGAAUAUGACUGGAUUCCAAGGAAGAUCAUUAGAUGUUUCUAUGACAAAGAUUUCAGAUCAGAUAUAAUUGAAUCUAUUCUAUGUGGGUCCCUGUUUCCAUCAGAGUUUUCAAUCAAUGAUAUAGUUAAACGUUGGGUUGAGAUUUUCUCUGGGUUUGAUAAAGUGGAGGUCAAGGCUCUUGAAAAGAUACUUGAAAAAAAACAAAGGUUACAGGAAGAGAUGCAAAAGUAUCUAGCUCUGAGGCAGAUUAGUCAGGAAAAAGAUAUUCCUGAGGCCCAAAAAAAGAUCGGGUUCUGUUUCCGUGCAAUGUCCCGUUCAUUUGCUGAUCCAAUAAAGGCUGAAGAGAGUUUCCAGAUUCUUGAUCAAUUGCAAGAUGCUAAUAUCUGGAAAAUUUUGACAGAUCUUGUUGAUCCAAAUACUAGCUUCCAUCAAACUCGUGUAUACGGGGAUGAUUUGCUUAAAAUAUUUGGUGAAAAACAUCAGCUCUAUGAAUUUCUGAAUACCUUCUAUAUGAAGUGUUCCUAUUUGCUUUUCAACAAGGAGCAUGUAAAAGCUAUUCUUUCAGAAAUCAACACACAUAAAUCUGCAGAGAAUGAUCAGCAUACACAAUCUUGUAUGAAUAUAUUGGUGAUAAUUGCUCGUUUCUGUCCAGAUCUUUUUAGUGGCACUGAGGUGGAGCUGGUGAAUUUACUGAAGGAUAAUAAUGAUAUGAUUAAAGAGGGUGUUUUAAAUGUUUUGGCUAGGGCUGGUGGUACCAUUCGUGAACAGCUUGCAGUUACAUCAAGUUCUGUAGACCUUAUGUUGGAGAGACUAUGUUUAGAAGGCAGUCGGAGACAGGCCAAGUAUGCUGUGCAUGCUCUGGCUGCAAUAACAAAGGAUGAUGGCCUCAAGUCCCUUUCUGUUCUGUACAAGAGACUUGUAGAUAUGCUGGAGGAGAAAACACAUCUACCUGCAGUAUUGCAGUCUCUGGGGUGUAUAGCACAGACGGCAAUGCCUAUAUUUGAAACUAGAGAGAGUGAAAUUGAAGAAUUUAUAAUAAACAAGAUUCUGAAAAGUGAUAGUAAAGAAGACCACUCAAGAAUAUCUUGGGAUGAUAAAAGCGAUCUUUGUGUUUUGAAGAUAUAUGGCAUCAAAACCAUAGUGAAAAGCUACUUGCCAAUCAAAGAUGCUCAUGUUCGUCCUGGUAUAGAUGGUCUUUUGGAUAUCCUGAGAAACAUGCUGUCUUAUGGUGAAAUAUCAAAGGACUUACAGUCAAGCUCAGUUGAUAAGGCCCAUUUGAGGCUUGCUUCUGCAAAGGCAGUUCUUCGUUUAUCAAGGCUUUGGGAUCACAAGAUACCUGUCGAUAUUUUCCACUUAACUUUAAGAGCAACAGAGAUUAGCUUCCCUCAAGCUAGGAAGGUUUUCUUAAGAAAAGUUCAUAAAUAUAUAAAAGACAACCUGUUAGAUGCCAAAUAUGCAUGUGCCUUUAUAUUCAACAUAUUUGGAACCAAGGAUUCCAAGUCAGAGGAGUUUGCAGAGGACAAGCAGAACCUGGAUGACAUUAUUCACAUGCAUUACCAAGCAAGGGCUUGGCAGCUUUCUGGACAAUCAGAUGCAAAUUCCUUGACCACUUACCCUGAAUACAUCCUUCCAUACCUGGUUCAUGCCCUUGCUAACAUAUCCUGCCCCAAAAUUGACGAGUGCAAGGAUGUUGGAGCAUAUGAAAAAAUAUACAGGCAAUUACACUUGAUACUAUCAAUGCUAAUGCAAAGAGAUGAAGAUGAUAAGUCAGAAGUAGCUCUUAACAAAGAGAAGGAAAUUAUAUCUACCAUUGCUUCUAUCUUUUGGAGUAUUAAGCAAUCUGAUGAUGUGGUUGAUGCAUCAAAAUCGAAGAAUUCGCAUGCCAUAUGUGACCUUGGUUUAGCAAUCACUAAGCGACUAGUACAGAAAGAUGUUGAUUUGCAAGGAUUGUCUCCUUCAGUUUCUCUACCUCCAAUGCUAUACAAAGCUCGUGAGAAGGAAAUUGACCCCAUGGUAAGCGAAGUGAAAUCCUGGUUGGUUGAUGAAAGUGUCUUGGCUCACUUUAAAUCACUUGAGUUAGAAAUGGUUCCAUCUCAAUUAGCUGAGGAUGAUGCUUUAAAGGGCAGUGAAAGAGACAAAAAUGAAAUGCCCCUGGGAAAAAUAAUAAAGGACAUAAAAUCUCAGGGAACUAAGGGCAAAAAAGUGAAAAGGAAAAAGGCUGUGCCAGCUGAAACAAAAAAGGCCGAAAAUGAUAUUGAUAUCUUAAAUAUGGUCAGAGAAAUUAAUAUAGAUAACUUGGGAUUAUCCACUAAUUAUGAAUCAAGUAACGGUCAUGAAAAUUCCCUGAGUAAGAAGUUGCAAAACGAUCCAGAGUGUGCAACAAUUAAAAAACGAAAAGCAGAAGUAACCCUGGUUCCAGUGCCUAAACGGAAGCGGUCUUCCUUUGCCCAUGGAAAAUCAAGGUCAAGUAGUACUCCACCAAAGGCUCCUCCAAGAGUUUCAGGGGAAGACUCUUCUGGAGUGAAGUUGCCGUCAGGUGCAAAAUUCAACCCUGAUACACAUAGCUCAGCAAUGCAAAGGAAAAAGGUUAAAGACAAUGAGGCCUCAAUAAAAGCAAAAGUUAAGGCCUCCAAGAGCAAUCAUGACGAUGACUCUGACAAAUCUGAAGAGCAUGACAUGAAGAGUCCUGAUAAUACAAAGCCAACUGACAAGUCCAAAAGUAACAAUCUCAAGCCAUCCAUAGGAUCUACUAAAAAGCUGAAAAGAAAAAGUAUUGGAGGAUUGGCUAAGUGUACAACAAAGGAAGGUGAAAGUGAUGCUGAAGAUCUAAUUGGCUGCAGAAUUAAAGUUUGGUGGCCUUUGGAUAAGAAAUUUUAUGAAGGCACUGUUAAGUCUUAUGACUCUUUAAAGAGGAAACAUGUGAUAUUAUAUAAUGAUGGGGAUGUAGAAGUUCUCAAUUUGGAAAAGGAGCGAUGGGAGCUUAGUGACAGCAAACCUACUAAGAAGCUAAAGCUCUCAAAAACUGUCUCUUCCCCUGAAGUGUCUACUGGGAAGAAGCAGAGAAGUUCUAGUGGUUCAGCAAGUAAAAAGACAAAAAAAAUAGUUAAUGGUAAGAAAUCUCCAAGCAACCAUGUAAAACAUGGACAAAAAGGUGCCUCAAAAACUAAUUCCCAUCAUGAGGAUGCCAAAGAGAGUUCUGAGUUAUCAAACCCUGAAGAUAUAUCUAAAGCUGAGAUUAACUCAGGUGGUUCUGAAGCAGAACAGGCUGAAGGGUCUGAUGUAAUUGUAACUAAGCAGAAGAAAUCUAACAAGAAACCAAAAUCAGUUUCACGAGGAAAGAAACUUAAAAAAGAGAAGAGCUUGAGGUAUAAGAAAGAGUCAGAUGAAGAGAAGCGGGAAUCAGACCAAGAGAAGCAGGAUCAUGGUGAGAGGCUUGCUGAAGAGAAUAUCCCACAAGGAGAUCAAAAUGAUGAUGCAGAAAGUAGUUCAAAAGAGACAGAUGGCAAUGAAUCAAGAGGAGCUUUGAGAGAAAAUGGUAAUGAAGAAGAAUCAGGUUCUGGAGGGAAUGAAAAUGACAGUGAUGGGGAAAAAAGUAGUCCUAGAGAAGUGGAAAAAUCACCUAAAGAGUCAGCAAGUCCUGAUGGUGCCAAAAUUGCUGAAGUUUCUGAUGACGAGCUGCUGAGCAAAUGGAGGCGUCCCUCGGGAAAGAAAAGCUCAGGGCAAAAACGGUGAGCAGUUUGACAGUUGUAGCACAAAUCCCUGAAGAUUUCAGUAGCAGUAGUGCUGUGGCAGCAUUUAGUGUGUUUCAGUUGAAGUAUAGGUAUCAGAGUGGAUGAUAACUGCCAUUAUUGGCACUAAUAGAUAUGCUAUGCAUGUCUUGCAGCCACCUUGUAGAUGUAAUAUUAUCAGUUGUCAUCCCCACGUUUAGAAAAAAUUUAAAAAAAAGAGUGCUUUAGGGUUUUCUAGGGUUGUAAUGCUAAAUGACCUUUUAUUAGUGUAGGUGAUAGGUUUAGCAUAUGAUUCAUGAGGAUGUUUUCAUCCUUCCAACACAAUUGAUAUUCCAUUGAAUGGGGCAACAUGUACAGCUAUACGUGGGGAUAAUUGUAUUUGUAACUUAGAUUGUUUGUACUUUUUAGUCUUAGCAUCCGUGAAAAAUAUGACCUAACCGUCCAGCUCCUUCAUGUUGUUUUGUGUUGUACAUGGUUUAUGAACCUGCGGUUUUUGAUUUUAUGAACCGAAAAAAUGAGUUUCGCGA